AUGUCGUCGCUGCGGAACGUCGUGAAGCGGCGCGAGCACAAGGAGCGCGGCCAGCUGCGCGAGCGUCGGAAGCUCGGUCUGCUCGAGAAGCACAAGGACUAUGUGCAGCGUGCGCGCGACUACAACCAGAAGCAGAAGCGGCUCACGACGCUGCGUCUCAAGGCAGCGCUGCGCAAUCCGGACGAGUUUAACCGCCGCAUGUUGAGCACAAGAACCGAGAGCGGCGUUCACGUGUCCACGCACAAUCACUUGCACCAGCUGGACUCGGAGGCGCUGCGCACGCUCAAGACGCAGGAUUUGGCCUAUUGCCACAUGAAGCGCGCCGUUGACCUGCGCAAGGCUGAGAAGCUCAAUCGCGGGCUGCAUUUCGUAGACGCUGUGAAGAGGAACAAGCACACGGUUUUUGUCGACGAUUCGGAGCAAGUGGAUACAUUUGACGUCGCACAGCACUUUGACACGGCUCCAGAGCUGGCGGACAGAGCGUUUAACCGCAUUCGCAAGCGCGAGUUAAAGACAGCGGAGCUGCCGGAUCUGGCAGGUGAUAGGAAGCACAAGUACAAGAUGCAGGUGGAGAGAGAUGCCAAGUACAGGGAAUUGAGAGAUCGACUGGCUCGUGCGAAAAAGCUUGGACUUGUGAGCGCUAAAUUGGAUCUGGAACGCAAAGUGCAGGCCAAAGGGAUGAAGCGGAAGGUGCGAGACGCAGAGGUUGGUCUACCCGCAGUGUAUCGCUGGAAGCAGCAGCGGCAGAAGUAA